UGAAAAUGAAUGUUUCUAGUCAGAGGAAACCCACGGAUGUCACCAAAGAUUCCAAAAUUCCUAAAAAGCCUUCUAAAUAUGCUUCCAGUCCUAGAAUUCUAAAUAUCGACCAGAUGAUUACUGAAGCAGGCGAGUUUGGAAACUGGAGUUGGGCAGUCCUAUUGGUUGGCUUGAUAUUUUGCCAAGGAACCACAAUGUACUUUUACACCCUUCCUCUGCUGGAGCUAGUUCCAAAGUUGGAGUGUAAGCAAGGAAACCAGUGGAUUGAAUGCUCAAGGCAAGAUAUUUGCAGAGAUCAAGAACUUAUUGGCAGUGAACUAUGGAGGGUGGACUACGCAGAUGAAUUCUCUUUCAGAAAUUGGAUUACUGAGCUUCAGCUCUAUUGUUAUCCAGAUUUUUGGAUUGGAUUUUUGGGAUCUGCACAUUUUGUGGGAGUUAUUUUCAAUGGGCUCAUUCUAAAACACUCUGAUUACUUUGGGAGUAAGAAAAUGUUGACAAUUACAUCUGUUGGGCAAGCAAUUUGAUGUUUUUCAUUAUUCUAUUGUACAAACAUUACUCUUAUUUACAUCAUAUUAUUCAUAUCUGGACUCCUGUAUUGUAAGAGUUAUCUUGCUUAUAUUUAUUGAGUUGAAGUCACUCCUCUAAAAUACCAAGUCUUUUACGGCGGAUUUGUGCUCUCAAUGGAAGCAGUAUUCUCAAAAUUUUUGAUAAUUCCCUACCUCUACUACAGCAAUCCAGGUAACCCUCCUCUCCAUUCACUUUCUAUUACUCUCUCAAUACAAACUCUUUAACUGCUAAUCUUCAAAAUUUCCUUUUCCCACAUAAUUUCCUUUAAAA